AUAUUUCUACCAAGAAAAAAAUUUAAAUGCACACUUUGCAAGAAUACACGAGCGAACCAAGAUCUACGAGUGUGGCGUGUGCAGCAGACAACUUUCCAGCAAGCAAAAGUUAAUGUAUCACACAAAAACUCAUAGCCCAGGCUACAAGCGAAACUACACUUCUAUAUCAAAAAAGCCUCGAAGAACUCGUAAAGACAAAGGAGUCAUGCGUAAAGAUAUUAAUAGCUUUUUGUCUGUCUACUACAGUGAUGAGGAAUCAAAGGAAACAAACGAUACAGAAGAUAACUGUAGUGUCCAGGAAUCCAAGGAUUUAAAAGAAAGCUACAGUGAUGAGUACUCUCAGGAAACAAAGAAUAUUGAAGACAUUUAUAGUUAUGAGGAUUUCGGGGAAGAAAAUUAUCUAGUAGUCAGAUAUGUUGAUUACAAAUCCAAGGAAGAAAAAGAUUUAGAAGAUAAUUGUUGUAACAAGGAAUCCAUAAAAAACAAAGGAAUAAGAAGACAAGACAAGACAAAAGAAAUAUAGUGAGCUAUCGGUGUCAUGACGACAUUGAUUUUGGAACAAAAUUUACCUCCAGUGUCCAAGUGGAAAUGAAUGCUCAGCAUGAAUGCCAUGCAGGUAGUGAAGGAAAUAUAACUUCUUUCAUAUUCUGAUUUACUUAGUUUUUAUUCUGGGUAAGUUGAUGUUCGUAAUAUUCUGAAAUAUUUUGUACCUGCAUCGUUCUCUAUAUAAAAAUUUUGAAUGGAACUGCAGCAUUAUUCAUAGACAGGAAGGUUAUUAAAUAUAUUCAGUAUUUAGAGUUUUGAAACUAUAUAUGUAUCGUGGUUAUUUUGUUUUAGAAAAAAAAAAAUAAUAAGUGUUUGAGUUACAGGACAGCAUUUUAGUUCUUGAAUGAAAUUCAUGCAGACUGAGCUAUGAGAAAAAAAUUUCUAUGUUAGUUGGUGUGAUCAGUGAUUACUUAGAAAAGUUAUUGUAAAUGUUUGUAAGUUAACUCCUACAUAUACAACUCUUGGUUGCAGAUGAUGCCGAAAUAAUGAGGAGAAUAAAAACUGAAGAGGGUUGCAAGUAAGAAGCUGGAAAUGAGGAAGGGGACAGUGAUAACAGUACAAUUUAUGGGUGAAAAACUCAAACAGCUGAAGAAAGACAUCCUUAACCCUUUCACCAUCUCCCAUGUAGAUAUAUGAUGCCAGUGUUGCUUGCAUCAUCUAUAUAGUGCUCUCAAAUAUGAUCUUGAACAGUAAAUUUUACCUGAGACAUGAGAAAAUGGGUCUGUGUGGUGGGUUCCCUUGAAAGGGAGUCCCUCGUCGAGGUGAAGAGGCUCUUGAUCCAAGGAAUUGGACCCCUUGUCUCCUUCCUUGGAUCAAAUCUAAUUGAUCCCACCCCUCCCUACCUCUUACUUACCUUCCCUUCUCCUACCCAUCCAUUUUUGGGGUAUUCUUGUAAAUUAUAGCUCAUAGGUUGAGGGAAAGAAAACUAUCAUCUGUCUCAUUCUAUCGAGGACUUCAGUCAGUGGCAAUUGGAUCAUCUAGGAAUGCGUUGAGCUGCUCUCUGGAGUUCUGGUCGGUGGUUUUGCGUGUCAAGUGAUAAAAUAUUCCUAGAGGCUGCCUGUCCUGUUGGUUCUGGGAGGUGGCAGCCUAACGGGGUAUGACUCUUGGCAAAUGUUCGACUACCCAUACCUCUUGCUGGCUGAGGUGGCUUGGUUGAUGCUCAAGGAGCCAUCCUGGUCUGUUGGUUUA